AUGCCUAACCUCCUCUCGUGCUCGGACGAGCUCCUCGUUAUGAUUGCUAGAGAACUUCGCUUCCCCAACGAUAUCGAUCGUAUUCAAGCACAGCACGACGCUGUCGGUCUCGCGCAGACAUGCUCUAGGCUGAAAGGUGUCGUAGACGAAGUCUUGUACCACACAGCUAUCGUCUCAGCGCGCAAGCGAGGUGACUCCGUUUUCGGUGGCUCUUUCCUUCUGGGCACACUUGUGCGACAACCCCAACUCGCCCCGCGGGUAAGAAUUCUGGACAUCUCCAUCAUAGGUUUAAGCAACAGGGUUGGCCACAACGAAUCUUGUCCAUUCACUACGGGAGAGCGACUCGAGAACUGUCUUUGCGGCUGGCUGUCAACCGCGGGUCGAGUCGAAGAAAUCCUCACCGAAAACGACCUGUUCGCUGGACUGGACACACUGAAGCAGAAGUGGCUACGAGGAAUUCGAUUCGGCAAAGAGCCCGCCAUCCUCGGCGCUUUGCUGGCUUGUCUCCCGAACCUGCGCUCACUGACCAUCCACAAGCGCGGUGUCAGCACAGUGAAAGGGUUUCCCGAUAUCGAAAGAGGUUACACUCAAAACAGUUUCUUGUACGGACAGCUCGAUCCUUGGAGGAUGUUUGGACUAUUUACCAUGGAGCACCAAGACAUCAUCAACCGGAUUCCUGGCUUUGCAAAACUCGAACACCUAUCCGCCGACUGCCUGCCCCCGAUGUGUAUGGCCAAGUUGCCGAAGUUGAAGACAUUGCAGCUACAUGCUUUCCACGGAGACGAAAUCAAGGCUUGGGAUCCCUUCCGUCUGUGUUAUUGGGACGAGCCUACAGCUCGCGCAUACUUCGCCAACAAUCUUCACAAGCUCACGAUCUUGACGGACAAUAACCUGCUUAUCAACGACACCAACGUUCAUCUUGGUCGUGUGCACUUUAUCCCGACUUGUGUAGUGAGAGGCGCGCCCCAGCUCACCGAUCUCGUCCUGAAGCUCAUGCCAGAUGGUCGAGAUGAGGACCUUUACGACAGGGGAGGCUACCAGACACUCAUACACCGCGUUCGCCCCUUGCAAGUCCAGACUCUCGUGAUCGACAGCUCUGCUGUUGAGAGAACAGGCACGGGUCUCGACGAUUACAAACUCGACGAAGCAAACGACUGUUUCAGGAGUAUAUUGCCCUGUAGCGACAUAUCCGCGCUCCAAAUAUUGCGAAAGCUCGUCGUUCAUCAGGAAGUUCUCUUCAAUGCGAAUGAACCCUUCGCUGCGUGCGUACUUCCGACAGGUAUCAAGGAGAUUGGAGUAGUUGGCACGACUAGGGCGAUCAAUCGAUGGGCAAGACAUAUCCGAGACAGCCUGCAGACUUAUACGGAGCUGGAAGUCAUCAAGCUUUGGGUGGCGGAUGAGGGUGAGUCGCAUUUUGCUGAAGAUUUCCGCUUGCAGUUUUCGCAGUUUGACUCGGAUGACGAGGACGAGGACAAUGAGGAUUACGAAGACUAUUACGACGUCGCUGAGCCGAAGGAGCCUAAGAUGAACAUUGAGUCGCACGACGAACAAGAGGCGACUGACAAUGACGGCGACGAAAUGGAGCGCAAAGAACGUGGGGCUGGGGGUGAGGAUGAAGAGACGGGCGGAGAUGAAGAUGAUGGGAAGGAGGCGGAGUUUAUACCACGCUUCACUGGGGGAAGAUCGGUUUGGGCUGAGCUUGAGAAGACGGGCCUCAAGAUCGUUCUAGCAUACCAUCGCGGCCGACCGUGGGAUAAGCUGUGA